UUUAAUUGGACAGAAGCUUGGAGAAUCAAUGGCGUUCUCUCUCUCACCGCUACACCAGGACCUCUCGUGUCCCAUUUGUUACGAGGUUUAUAACGACCCAGUGGUUCCGUCCUGUGGUCACAGUUUCUGCAGGACGUGUCUACAGAGGAGUUGGACAUUAAGUUCAGAAAGAGAAUGCCCCAUCUGCAGAAGAUGCUCAUCUAGAGAAGAUCCUCCCCCUGAUCUAGCUCUGAGAAAAGCCUGUGAAUCUUAUCUACAGCAGAAGAAAGAGGAAGGUUCUAGAUCACAGGAUGUUCUGUGUUUUCUUCACUCUGAGAAGCUCAGUAUGUUCUGUGUGGACGAUGAGAAGCUGGUCUGUGGGAAAUGCGUAACCCAAUAUCAUCAGAACCACAGUUUCUGCUCUAUCAACAAAGCUGCUAAACCACACAAGGAAACAAUUCAGGCCAAUCUGAGAAGUCUGGUGGAGAAACUUAAAAUGUUCAAAAACGCUAAAAAUAUCAGAGAUAAGGCAGCAGCGCAUAUUAAGUCUCAGUUCCAGCAGACAGAGAAACAGAUACAGGAGGAGUUUAAGAAGCUCCACCAGUUCCUGAAAACAGAGGAGAAGGUCAGACUCUUUGAUCUGAGGCAGGAAGAAGAGGAGAUGAGCCAGAACAUUAAGAUGGCAAUUGAUAAACUGGACAAUCAGAUAAAGGACAUCAGUAUUAGAAUCACAGAAACACAGAAUAAGCUGAAUAAUGAUGCCUUGUUAAUGCAGGACUUUAAGAUCACAAGGACAAGAUCUCAGUACACCUUCCCCGUCCCUCAACCUAAUUCAGGAGCUCUGAUUGAUGUGGCCAAACAUUUGGGGAACCUGAGCUACAGAGUGGGGGAGAUGAUGAAGAACUUUUUUCCUAUCUAUCCGGUGGUUUUGGAUCCGAACACUGCAAACUCCUCCCUCAGUAUCUCAGCAGAUCUGAGCAGUGUCUCAACCUCUACUGAAAACCUUCAAAUUCCAGAUAAUCCAGGGAGGUUCAGUGUUUAUAAAGGAGUUCUGGGUUCUGAAGGGUUCUCCUCAGGAACCCACAGCUGGGUGGUGGAGGUUGGAGACAGUGAGGACUGGGUUGUAGGAGUAGCUGAAGAGUCCGUCAACAGGAAAGAAGAAAUUGGAGCAGUCCCAGAGAACGGGUUCUACUGUAUAUGGAGGAAGGACAAUAACAUUUUUGCUGGAAUGGGAAAGAUUAUCAUACCACUGACUGCCAAGAGGUUUUGUGUAACAUUAGACUGGGGGAAAGGACGGGUGAUUUUCUCAAAUUAUGAUACCAACAAAGCUUUACACACUUUUAAAUGCACAUUUAAAAAGAAAAUGUACCCGUACUUCUACAAUACCAGCAAAAAACCAUUGAAAAUCCUGCCUCUCCAGGUAUCAAAUAGAGCUAAAAUCUAA